AUGUGGCCCUUCUCGUCGUCCACCGCAGCGCCGUCCACCUCGGCAGCCAUCCCGGCCACCGGCCCCGUCUCGAUCCACCCGACCCUCGGCCGGCCCUUGACCAACUCGGAGGCGGCCAACCCAGAGCUCAACCCGCUCAACCCAGAGGGCCACAAGCCCUGCUGCGCCUGCCCCGAGACCAAGAAGGCGCGCGACGACUGCUUCCUCAAGUUCGGGUCCAACGCCGACGACGGCGCCGACUCGGGCGCACAGUGCAAGGACAUCGUCGAGCGGCACCGCCAGUGCAUGCGCAGCCUCGGCUUCAACAUGUGA